AUGCUGCAGCCAAGGUCGGCCCGACUCACUUGGCUUGGGAUUGGAUUUUUCCUAGCUACUACUCUGGCCAUCCCGAUCCCGAAUGGACAGAUCGGAAAAGCCGAGGUGGAAUGCGGCGAGGAUUUCAUCGAGGUCGUUUUCCUCACUGACGAUGACUUCCAGGGCCGAAUUUUUGUCGUCGGGCAUUCAAAUGAGUCGGACUGUGUGUCGAGGGAAAAGAUCCAUCCGCGGAGCCCUCAUAUUAUUAUUGACAAGAAUAAAUGCGGUGUGGUCACGACGAGAUCAAGCGACCCGGCCGGCCUAUUUGUCACCACGAAAAUUAUGCUCUCCUUCCACGAUGAAUUUAUUACAAAAGUCGAUCGGGGCUACGAGAUCAGCUGCUUCUACAUGGAGGCCGACAAAACGGUCACCUAUCCGAUUACCGUAUCCGGCGCGAGUCUAUCGCCGUUCACAGAAAUUGCCGAGAUGCCGCGAUGUCGAUAUGAGGUCGUCGAUCCAAAAACGAAAGAAGCGCUGGAUGUGGUUACUGUGGGAAGCAAGUUGCUCCAUUCUUGGACGUGCGAAUCGACAGCUCCCGAUCUCUGGUGCAUGCAAGUACAUACGUGCUUUGUCGAGGACGGCUCCGGAACGCAAUUCCAGAUUUUGGACGAAACUGGCUGCUCCAUCGAUCGAUAUUUGCUAGACAAUCUCGAGUACGGCCCCGGGAAGCUGCAUGCCCAGAAGGAGGCGCACGCAUUCAAAUUUGCCGACAAGGUCGUCGUGAAUUUCCAGUGCUCGGUGAGGUUGUCGAUUAACGAUGGGGAAUGCCCGAUCCCCGAAUGCUCCGACCUGGCGAAGGAGGGCAAGAAGAAGAGGAGCUUCAAGAAAAUCAAGCGUCACACGAUUUUGCAAGACGAUGGGGCGAGGGAGAUCGAUGUGAGAGCACAGCAUAUCGACGUGUUGGACCCGCAAAUUGACAUGGAUGGCAAACGUAAAGCCCGUACCUUCGGCCCGGGCUACUGUAUCCGGAUACAAGACCUGAUGGCUCCAGCUGCUCUAAUGGCCUCCCUGCUCGGGUCUAUGAUCAUCGUCAUCGUCUUCCUCAUCAGAACUGGCGUGCAAAUCGGCAAUGCCUGCUGGGAGUUGUAUUGCCUGGAGCAUGGUAUUCAGCCGGAUGGCACGAUGAUCGAUGAUGUGGACGGGCAGGAUGAGGUCGAAUCGUUCGGAACGUUUUUCGCCGAAACUGCCGGCGGGAAACACGUGCCCCGCGCCCUAUUCGUCGACCUCGAGCCUACAGUAGUCGAUGAAGUCCGCACCGGAACCUAUCGUACCCUAUUCCAUCCCGAACAGUUGUUGAGCGGAAAAGAGGACGCGGCAAAUUGCUACGCGAGAGGACGAUAUACGAUCGGGAGGGAGAUGAUAGAUGUGGUGAUGGACCGGCUCAAACGAUUGGCCGAAAAUUGCAGUGGACUUCAGGGAUUCCUGGUUUUUCAUAGUUUUGGCGGAGGCACUGGCUCGGGAUUCCUAUCUCUACUUAUGGAAAGACUUUCGAUGGAAUAUGGCAAGAAGCCAAAAUUGGAAUUUGCCAUCUACCCUGCACCUCAGGUAUCCACAUCAAUGGUCGAGCCCUACAACUCGAUCCUAAUGACGCAUACUACGCUGGAAUACUCUGACUGCACAUUUAUGGUGGACAACGAGGCGAUUUACGAUAUUUGCAGAAGGAAUUUGGAUUUGGCUAGGCCGACCUACACCAAUUUGAAUCGUCUUAUCGCUCAAAUCGUCUCGUCCAUCACCGCAUCACUCCGCUUUGACGGCGCCUUGAACGUUGACCUCACCGAGUUUCAGACGAAUUUGGUCCCCUACCCGCGCAUCCAUUUUCCGUUGGUGACCUAUGCACCGCUGGUGUCUGCGGAGAGGGCUUUUCAUGAACAGAAUACGGUAGCUGAUAUGACAAAUGCGUGCUUCGAGCCGGGACAUCAGAUGGUGAAGUGCGAUCCGAGGAGGGGGAAAUAUAUGGCCGUUUGUCUGCUGUAUCGAGGCGACAUCGUCCCAAAAGACAUCAAUUCGGCAAUCUCGGCCGUCAAGACAAAGCGAACCGUGCAGUUUGUCGAGUGGUGCCCUACCGGCUUCAAGGUUGGGAUCAACUAUCAGCCUCCCACCGUGGUUCCGGGCGGGGAUCUGGGAAAGCAGACGAGAUCGGUAUGCAUGAUCUCAAACACGACCGCCAUCGCCGAAGCCUGGGCCCGACUUGAUCACAAAUUCGAUUUGAUGUACGCAAAGCGGGCCUUCGUGCAUUGGUAUGUUGGCGAAGGGAUGGAAGAGGGUGAAUUUUCGGAAGCACGCGAAGACAUGGCCGCCCUCGAGAAGGACUAUGAAGAGAUUGGGGAGGAUGAGUAUAGAGAGGAGGACGACAGCUACUACACCAAUUCUCGGGCCCACACACGCGGCGAA